GUAAACAAUGUGUCACGGUGAAUGUGUGCACAGUUUAGUUUGUAAAGCUGGUUAAAGUUAAUGAAGCAAAAGGUGAAACAGAAGAGGGGAUGAUGAAAUAAUCUCUGACCUCUACCCAGACUUUCCUCUAAAGGCAUAAAAGAAACAGUCACCUCUUCAAAUAAAGGUGUGUCCUACAGAAGUGUGUGACAGGUGAGCUGAAGAAUGGCUGAAUUUAAUAAUCUAAUCUAAUCUGACUGAAAGGAAACUUCUAUUCAUUUUAAAGUGUUCUGAAGCAUCUGAUUUUAUUAUCCUGCUUGAUUUAAGAUCAGAUUUUUUUACCUCAUGUUUUUGUUGUUUCAUUUUCAAACACCCUGCGAUGGACCUCAGCCUCUGUAGUGUUUUUUUUAAGAGGGGCGGGGUGAUAAACAAAGAGCAGGGAGGAGCAAUUACAACCUUAUGUGUAUAUGAGGCACAGAGCGAGGGGAAGUAAACGCUGUGCAGUUCAGGUUUGUGAUAGUUUACUUAAAGCUCCUCCGUCAUGAGUUCAGGAGAAACUACAACAGUGAAGUCUGAGGAAGCAGCAGCAGCAGUCGGUGGGGCAGACACGGCUGCAGGCAAGAAGAAGUGGAAGUGUCCUAAGGGGGACCACCAUGUCCACAGAGAGGACCUAAAGAAGGUUUGGAAAGAGUGUCAGGAAGAGAGCUUCUGGUACAGAGCUCUCCCUCUCUCUCUGGGGAGCAUGACUGUCACCGGCGGCCUCAUCUACAAAAACGUUUGGAAAGCCUCAAAGUCAUUUGGUCCUUUCCCUAAACUGGCAGUCGCUGGGAUCCUCGGUUACGCGGUGGGGAAAGCAUCUUAUAUGCCGACUUGUCGAAGCAAGUUUCAGGACCUUGGCAUUAAGGAUGGACCUGGAUUUGGGCCCUGGUCUGAGGGAGGUCGUGAAGGCGGUGGACCUUGGAAAUCUCGUCAUGGACACAGAUCCUGUCACCAUGUGUGUGAAGAAUGUAAGAAGAAAGAUGAAGCUGCACCUGCACCUGCAGAGAAAGUCUAAAGCCUCAUCAGAUCCAUCAAAGACGGACUCUCAGCGCGGGCUGCAGCUUUUAUUCUUCUGUAAUGUUAUAAAUUCUGCAUUUCUCCAAAGUAUCUGCCUGAUAUAGUGUACAGUACAUACUACACAUUUUCAUACCCUAGAAACAAUGCACAGUCCUGGCACUAGAGGGAGCUGCUGUACCUUGUUGCCGUGAAUCCUUGUGUAAAGUAUUUCCAGUUUGAACAAGCAAAAGAAAAAAAGUACACAUGCAGGAACAUAAACAUUUAUUUUCAAAGAAA